AUGGGUUUUUUCGACCACCUUCAGAAGAAAGGGACAGGUGUGAUACAGGCCCAAAAGGCUCAGAUACGCAGAGUCGAAUGCAAGCCGCCCAUCGUCCGGUCUUCAUCGGCCCCAUCACACCCCGUGAAACCCCCCUCCGAGCGCGCGCACUCCGAAUCAUCCGCCAAACGUAUCGUCACCUCUCCACGGAAAUCGACCUUAUCCGACUCUACCGGAACUGUGAAGAAGAAGGUUGCUGUUGCUAGCAAGUCCGAUCAUCUGGCCGUUAACCCGCCCCGUUCAAGAUCCGUGUCCCGCAAGCGAUCGUCCCCCGCAGUCCAACAACUCCUUAGCAGUAGCGAUGGCAGCGAGACCGACGAGUCUCUGGAUAUCCGGUUAUCGAAAAGGACCAAGGUGAGCGCUAGCGCGGAGCCAGAUUUAAAACGCCAGUUACGCUCCGAGAUUGCGUUUUCUGAGACUGCCGAACACUCAUUCCCGAUGGUCCAUGCCAUGGACAUAGCAUCCAUCGAGAAGAAGACGCCGGGAUUCAGCAGUGCUUUUAAAGAGCCCAGCGGGUGCACAACAAUAGCUCUUCAGUAUCCCACAUACUCGCAGAGGGAGAGGUACCAGCUGGUCAUACCGCGAGAAAACGAUGGGUUCAAGCCGUUGGAAGAUAUUGUGCAGGUGGUCGAAACUGUAUCACACAACUAUAUCCCCGAGGACCAGAUAUCUGCUUUCACCGAUGACUCCACCGGCUAUAUCCGUCUUUUGCGGCGUGCCAUCAAACAGGAAUCGCCAAAGGACUUUUGGAAUGCGGUGAAGGCGUAUAAUGAAACCAUCAGACGGCUCCGGGACGAAGGCGUUAUUGCCAAACACCUUGAUGCGAUGCAUUCACUCUCGCUGCCGUGGGUUGAGAGAAUUCUAACCCAGGUGUAUAGCCGAACUGUCUCUCUGCGUGUGGAAUCACUCAAGAAGUACGAAAGCGGAACUGAUAACGUCUAUGGAGAGCUUCUACCCCGCUUUAUCUCAGAUAUAUUCCAAAAGACGCAUUUAAAAUCUGACCAGGUAUUCGUUGAUCUGGGUUCCGGUGUGGGCAACGUUGUCCUCCAGGCCGCCCUGGAGGUUGGUUGUGAGAGCUGGGGUUGUGAGAUGAUGCAAAAUGCCUGCGACUUGGCUCGUCUGCAGCAGGCUGAAUUCAAAGCUAGAUGCCGUUUAUGGGGCCUGUCAUCGGGAAAAGUACAUUUAGUCCAGGGUGACUUCUUGGACAACGAACGCAUAGCUAAGGCUCUACGGCGGGCUGACGUCGUUCUCAUCAAUAAUCAGGCUUUCACCCCGGAAACGAACAACAGGAUAAUCAAUCUUUUGCUGGACCUGAAAGAAGGCUGCCAGAUUGUAUCACUCAAAUCCUUUGUUCCGACAGGACACAAGAUGCAAGCCCGAAACCUCAACUCACCUAUUAACCUGCUUUCAGUUGAGAGACAUAAUUAUUGGUCUGACUCUGUUAGCUGGACCAAUGCUGGGGGCACCUAUUUCAUUGCAAAAAAGGAUAGCUCCAGACUGCGAGCCUUUUCAGACUCUCUUUAUAACUGA